GUUGCUAGGAGAUCAUCGUGUUAGUGACGUCACAGCAGCGUCCUCUGAAGUGCCCGUCAGUGACGUCACGUUGAAUGUUCAGAUCAACAACUAUGAAGCUUCUUCCUCUCGUGUGUCUCUGCGUCGUGACUCGGUCUGGAAUAACGUUUGCUGAUGAAAACGGUGGAGUGGUGGUGAAAGAAGACAGUGAUGCUGUGUUACCGUGUUCCCUCAGCACCAAGGAGAACAUCGAGACGAAGCUGUUUGACUGGAAGAAAGACGAUCACAAGGAGGUGUUCAUGUACGACGGAGGAGAUUAUUACGCUCACGGCCUUUCAGGUCAAGACAAACAGUUUGAAGGUCGAGUCUCACAUUUUAACGACGAGCUGAAGAACGGUAACGCCUCCAUAAAGAUCAGGAAGACCAAGGUGGCCGACAGUGGAAACUACACCUGUUUUUUUCCUCGUCUGCAGCCGAGUCAAAUGUUCCACAUUGAGCUGGUUGUUGGUGCUGCUCCAGAGCCGUCUGUCACCAUCCUCGAUGAAUCAAAGGACUGGUCUCUGCUGCAGUGUUUAGUCAGAGGAGCUUCUCCUCGACCUAAAGUGGAGUGGAGGGACAGUUCUGGAAACAUCCUUCAUGCUAAAGAAGCACAGGUCACAGAAAGAGGAGGCAGCUACGACAUCAUCCUCCAAACCACUGUGACCAAGACCGACCACUACAGCUGUGUGGUCACACAGGACCAGAUCAAACACCACACUGAGGCAGAGACCUACGUUCACAUCAACGGAGCAGCUUCAGAGCCGCACGUCACCAAUCUUCAUCAAAAGAUGAAUAGUUUGAGCAGCUUCAGAGCCGAUUAUUGA